AUGGGGAACUCGUCUCCUCGACCUCCACCGGAGCUGGACUCCAGCACCUCCGAACCCUCCUUCAAGGAUUUGGAGACCCACUGCCGGAAGCUCAAUCCGCAGCAGCGAUCUGCCCUGCUGGGGCUCCUGGGAACAGCCAUCGGCGAUGCAGUUGGCUUGCCAUUUGAGCUUCACGCUCAUGCGAAAAAUCGAGAAAGAUUCGCGAUACAGCAGGGGGAAUCCGGUGAGUCGGCUGCUGCAAGGUUUUGGUCCGAUGUGAUGCCUUUCCUUAGCUCGCGCCUUUCUCCUGCUGAAGGGACUUCCUUCUGUCGGAGCUACUCGGACGACACCGUAUGCACCGAUCUGAAGAUGCAUGCCAUAGCCAAGGUCGUUUGGACUUGUGGUGCGAUGAAAGUUCCGGAGAACAGGCUAUUCGAGGCUCUGAUGCAGGAAUUCCUGGCAUGGGCCCAUGGCAGUGGUGGGCAACUGUUUCAAGGUUAUGGCGGCUUUACGAAAGACUUGCUGAAGCCUUCGCGAGGAAAUCGUCUUGGUCAUCUAAAGAUCGAGCUGUUUCAGCCAGACAGCGACUACUGGCCCACAGAAGAUUUCCUCAGAUUCGCACAGGAGCUGGGUGGUGCGAACGUACUUGCGUUGGCACCAGUACUCUCGAGGGUGGGCCGUUCUGCCGGCUUUUUGGAGCAGUUCCGUCUGGAGGAGCACUGCAGUGGAAGCUAUCCUGGUGGCUUCCCUUCUUUCGGGAACGGGGCUGUCAUGAGCAUGACACCGCAGGUGCUCUUCCAGAUGGCUGGAGCAGGACCUGCUGCCCAGGUGCUGUGCUGCACUCACAGUGAGGCUUCCGCGAUGUUGGCAGCGGAUCUGCUAUCCGAACUUCUCCGUGGAAUCCAUGAGCGAAAGCUGAAAAGCGGCAAGGACAUCGGUCGCUUUGUGCUGAAGAGCGCGGCGUGGAAGCAGAGCGUUGCACGCUUGAACCAGCUUCAGGACGACGGCUAUGUUUAUCCAUGUGCUGCGUUUCGAGAAUUCUUGGAGUCCGGUGACUGCAAGGCAGACACUGCGAACUCUUUCCUGCACACGCUCAUCACCAAGGGCAACUUGCCGCCAUCUGAGUCCGAGCUGGUGACCCAUCCAGGACCUUUUGGAUAUUUCGGCGAGAUGCUACGCAUUGCUGCCAACUUUGACGAUGAUGCUGUCCGACAAGGGAACCGGCUUGUCGUCGAGGGGCGCCCGGACGUCCUGGUUCGCUUCAGUCAGCGUGGAAUGAACACGACCAUCAUGGCCAUUUGGUGUGCUGCCGGCGCCAAAACUUGUGUGGACUGGCUUCAACGGAUGUUGUACGUCGGUGGUGACACAGACACGAUCGGUGCCGUGGCAGGUCAGAUUGCCUGCCCUCUCCUUGAGCCCGAUGACGUGAUGAAGUCUUUCCGGCAGGGUGUCGCUCUGGAUGGCUUGCAUGGGCAAGCCGUGGCGGUUGCCAAUGCUGCAGCACGGCGAUUUUUCUACAGGUCCUUGCUAUUUGUUCGUGCAAGCUGGUCACAACUCCUUCAGACUCCCCGGCUCGUUGAUGCAAAGUACGAUGGCCUUACGACACCUGAUGGAAUGCGUCUUGCCGGACAUAGAAGGACAUCCUGCAGAUACGGAGGCAAGUGCUAUGACCGGAAACGCCAGCACCGCUCACAGUACUCGCACCCAGGCGAUGAGGAUUGGCAGCGGCUGCCCUGCCGCUAUCAAAGCCAUUGUCGCAACCGAGCCGACACAGGCCAUCUGCUGGAGUUCAGCCACCCGGGCGACCAUGACUGGGAAGCGCCUUCCAAUGUUGCGGGGGACGCAGCGAAGUCGGAUUCGGACGAUGAGGAGGACGAGAUCACGCGCAAGGAUAGGGAGAUAACGAAGCGGCGACUUCGUGAGCUGGGGCAGCCCGCAACCUUCUUCGCGGAGACAGAUGCGCAGCGGUUCAGGAGGCUGCAGGGCUGCGAGCUUUCUCGUGACCAGGACGUCUUGGCCGAUGGAUCUACGAAUGUUAUGCAGAUCUUGGAUCGGCGCCAGCAAAGGGAGCGAGAGGCUGCAGGUGGCAUUCGACAAGGCGUCGACAUUGUUGAUGCAGAGGAUGCGGAAUUUGCAACACUGGAGGGCACAGUUACGCGACAUGAGCCCAACGACAAUGACAGCGACUCGGAGGAUGACGGGCCAAAGCUUGCCGUGGUCCUUGGGUCGGAGCCGGAUGAGCGCGACAAGGAGCAAGAAGAGGUCCCCGAGCAAAUCCAAGACACUUUCGGAUUGGAUGGUGAAGUUCAGCCACGUCUGAAUUCUUGUGAUGCCACCCAGGUGCACCGGCUGAAAGCCUCUCACAACAGGCAGCCAAGGGUCUGGUAUCAGGACGGUAUGCUGAAGAACCGCGACAGUUCCCGAAUCGAGCUGUAUCAGACAUCCUUUGUCGGCGAAUUUGCGCUUGGGGCGUCGGAACUUGUAGGUGUCAGCUCCAGCUUCGAGAUUGGCCAGGAAGGUCUGUUUGGCGUCCAUGUCAAUGUCAAGCAAGCUGAUGGCGAGACCUUGGUGAUGUACCCCAUUUACAGUGGGAUGGCCUAUGUUUCAGGCAGAUACUACGGAGCGACGCCCCAUGUCACAACAGAGAGAAUAACCUUUGGAGUCGUUCGUCCAUUUAACCAUCUGCAUAAAGUCCGUGAUGGAGUUUGGAGCGUCACGACAGGCCAUCAUCAUCUCACGAGCACUCCAGCGGAGCUGCGUCUGUACGCACUGACGCAAGACUUGGACUUCGUGGACAGCUCGUUUGAGCUUAACAUAGCAUGCCAGGGUUACUGCAUUUCCAUGAACAAGCAGCUGAAUGGCUGGAUGCGCGGCGCCCACGUUCUGGCAAGCGAUGAUGUGGAUGUGUUGGAUGCCCACGCUGCCACAGUCCUCGUGGGAUGGGAUCUGAAAGUUGAACCCGCUGGCAUAGUGAGGUACAAGUUUGAGACUGCCAGGCCAAAGUCUGGACAGUUGCUACACUGGGCUUAUGCUCAUCAUGUGAAGAUGCUGCAGCCCGAGCAGGCUGGCAAUGCCAAAGUGGCAGAAAAUCUCAGCGCAAGUCAGGCGCCAACAAAGGGACUUAUGCAAGGUGUUGUCGGCAAUACCUGGAUCUUGAAGGCGCCGCUGUACAAUGCGACAUCGCGGUUGGACUUCUUGCCCCCCACCGACUUCACCAAGCAGCGCAGAGGGCUGCUAGUCAAUGAAACCCGUGCUUCGCUGCGCUGGUUUAGCCAGCCGCUGCACGAGACAAAUCUCGCCGACCCACCGAACUGGCGGCACUCUAUGUUCAAGUCAGACUUCUACUUCAGCGGGAAAGGCUUCCAGAAGGUAGCGAUGAUAUGUCUGUUGGCGGAGGAACUGCUCACGCAGCAGGAGAUGGAAAUGUGCGCGAGCUGGCUGGGCACUGGCUUCCAGUGCAUCUUGAGUCAGUCCAAGGGUGAGUCCACAUCCUCGGAUUGCGUGGGCGCGCCUGGGGGCUUGUACUAUGAUGAAGUCUGGGGUGGUUUGCCCAGCCGGGUGGGCUACAACCAGGCCUCGAACGCAAACCCUGUCUUGCAUUGCCUGCUUGCGGACUUUGGGAACUCCUGCUACAACGACCACCACUACCACUUUGGAUACUUCGUCGUGGCCGCAGCAGUCCUGAUCAAACUGCAGCCGGAGUGGAAAGAGAAUUCUGGGUUUGUGGAUUUCGUGAGCGGGUUGAUUCGAGACACGUCCAACCCCAGCCGCGAUGAUCCUUUCUUUCCACGCUUCAGAUCUUUCGACUGGUUCGACCUGCAUUCCUGGAGCCGCGGACUUGCUCCCAAUCCGGAUGGCAAAGACGAAGAGUCAACAUCAGAGGAGCUCAAUCUGCAUUACGGUAUCUACCUGUGGGGCAGGGAGAUGGGCAACGAAAACUUGCAGCAGCUGGGCGCUACGAUGUUGGCCUUGGCAACCACGACGGUGCAAGAGUUCUUCUUGAUGGGGAAGAACAACCCGCACCAUCCACAAGACUACGCCAGGAACCGAGCACCUGGAAUGCUCCUCCAGAACAAGGCACAAUACGCGACUUACUUCGGCAACAAGUUCGAGUACAUACACGGAAUCCAGAUGAUCCCGCUUUCUCCUGCACUGCUGCUAGCUCGGACGCCGACCUUCAGCCAGCUUGAAUGGAGUGAAAUCCUUUGCCAUCUGCCUCUUUCACCGGCCGAUCCCUGGACUCCAGUGUUGCUCACUGGUGGUCUUGCGAUGUUCGACCGCGACAGGGCACUGGAGCUUCUGCUGCAAGUUCGGCAAGAGAGCAUGGAUGAUGGCCUCACGCGCGCAUGGGCCCUGUACUGGACUAGCGCACAGCCGCAGCGGCGCGAGACUUGGAGCUGUGGCAAGCCUCCGCAGCACACUCCUCGUGCAUGUCCGACAGGACACUAUCGUGAUGGUGCACAGUGCAUACAGUGCCCACCUGGCACAUGGAACAAUCUGCGGAACCAAACGAGCUUCAGAGCUUGCAAGCAGUGCGGAGCCGGACGCUACAGCUCUCAGGCAGGGCUCACCAGCAGCGAUUCGUGCACGCCGUGUCCUGCUGGGACCUGGUCAGCGGCAGUUGGCGCACAACUGCCCGGCGUUUGCAUACCUUGCAGCAGGGAUCCCAAUGCUCAUCCAUCCUGCUCAACGAGGACAGAGAGCGGCGAGAUCUCAGAAGGUGCAGGGAGCCAAAUACCUGCGACGAUGGAGGAGCAAAGCACAACGCCGCCAAAGGCAGUCAUGAUUGGAAGCCCCAUGUCUGCUGCCAGCCGCUACUCUUCUCCACGUCGAGCCGAAGCUCUCGCCGCCAUAAUGGCCUUGAGCUAUGCCUUCAGCAACCUAUUCGGUCCGUGA